ACCCAAACACUGACCAGUUAGCUAGGUAGCUUGUUAGCUAGCAGGGGACGAUUAAUCUGCCAACGUUUGAUGAAGUCUUCCAUACAUUGUAUCUAGGGUUUGUCAUAGUGUCACUGAAACCUAAUUACGGCUCUUAUAACAUAGCCUUCAUUAUUUUAGUGUGAGCAGGGUUCAAAUAAAUUUUAUGAUCGAGUAGAAAGAAGACUACUUGCUGAAAAGUAGGGUAACGAGGGCUGUUGGAUGUGCAUGGCACCAGGAGUGGAGACACCAUGAGUGGGGAGCUGGAUGCGCUGACUGUGGUUAACCAGCUGCGAGAUCUUGCAGCUGACCCCCUCAACAGAAGAGCCAUAGUACAGGACAAUGGCUGUCUACCCGGUCUUAUCCUCUUUCUGGACCACCCAAACCCCCAGGUUGUCUACUCUGCACUGUUGGCGGUGCGCUACCUGGCCGAAUGUCGAGCGAACAGGGAGAAGAUGAAGGGGGAGCUGGGUAUGAUACUGAGUCUGCAGAAUGUCAUGCAGAAGAGCACGUCUCCUGGGGAGACCAAGCUGCUGGCCUCUGAGAUAUAUGAGAUCCUCCAGGCUGCGGGGAACGAGGAGGCGGAGCAGGCCGAGGCUGCGGCCACGUCCUGCAGACGCAAGGCCCAUUUCUUCCUGGGCGCCACCAACAAGCGGGCCAAGACCGUGGUUCUGCACAUCGACGGCCUGGACGACUCUACUCGGAGGAGUCUGUGUGAGGAGGCCCUGCUGAAGAUCAGAGGGGUCAUCAGCUUCACCUUCCAAAUGGCAGUGAAGAGAUGUGUGGUCAGGAUCCGCUCCGACCUCAAGGCCGAAGCCCUGGGCACAGCCAUCAACUCCACCAAGGUGAUGAAGGCUCAGCAGGUGGUGAAGGGGGAGGAUGGAGGAGAGCUGAUCUUGCCGUUCCAGGAGGGCUCUGAGGUGGUCGUGGAGGAGAACACAUACAUCCCAGACUACCUUCCCGAGGAGGAGAGCCCGUCCCAGGAACCGGACAAGGCCGUGACGCGUGUAGGCUCCAUCACCGACGGCGCGGGCUGGCUCAGCACCGCCGCCAACUUCCUGACACGCUCUUUCUACUGGUGACCACUUCCUGUGCCAGCGCUCUCGGCUUCACCCGUCCCGUUCCUGUCAGACGCCAUAGCCCGGCCAAACCACCAACACCACCCGAGUCCCAAACCCCUGGUCAACCGGUCCCUGCUCUACAGUAGACUAUCCUCUGCUGCCAGCCACACAGGGCCUGGUGCUGUGUGCUCUGCGAGUGCUGGACUGCCAAGCGCAACCUGCAAUAACCAUAACUUGUAUAUAUUAUAUAUCCGUAAGAUGAAACAAGCUAGAAACCCUCUCACAGGCUGCACUACUUAUACACUAUCGCUGCACAUUAUGCACCUCACAAGCCAUAGACAAGAGGACUACAGAUUCAUGUUAACAAUAAGUAGCUUGUUUUUUUUUUGGUCCGCCCAGUGGGUCCAUUUGUUCUCGUCUAAACCAAAUGACGGUGUGGGGGUGCAUGGUGCUGGAAUGCCUGAGUCUGGCCUUUUUUCUUUUUUUUUUUGUGCAUGAGUGUGGGUGCUGUUUCGGUCUUUGACUUCUACCUUUCAUCCUUCUUUUGAUAAUCUUUUCUCUUCUUGCCAAUUAUUUGAUCAUCCCUAAUUUCCUGUCCCUCGCUUUUGAAUGCACACUGAACCUCUCCUGUGUGCCGAUAUAGCUGGCUGCCUUGCUCUCCUCAUCUUGUUUACGUCCUUGUCGUUUUGGUGUGUGUGUGUGUGUGCCUUUUUUGAAUUGUUAUUUAUUUAGUAAUUUACUUGAACUUAAUUUAAAGUUCUCUGAUUCGGAGCCUUCUGUUCGUGCUUCAUCGAGGUGGGUGCUCGGCUCUCCAGACAGCAGAGGGUCUCUCCAGCUGUGGUCUCUCUGAGACGGGACACAGGUCUGUUCUCCAGCUCUGGUCUCUCUGAGACCGGGUACAGGUCUGUCAAAUAACGGUAAUUCAGACACCAGCAUAGACACAGGCCAGGCCAUCACUGACUGUUAAUACAUCAAGAAAAGGGAAAUGAUUGAUUCAUGUAUUUUCUUCUGGACUUGGGAAACUCUAUGAUUAUUUUAUAGUAUAUGUAGUGAUUCAUUUUCUUUAAAUCCUUUGUCGCUGCAUGGUAGUUUGACGCACUACACACUGUUGUCUCUUUUAUUUGAGUCCUCCCCAUCAGCCCGUAGUGUCCUUCAAUCCAUUUAGAUACACGUGUAUGCCAACAUAUCCCUGCAGCUGUCAACAGAGUUAGUCAUGGUGUGUUCAGGGCUGUGGAUAUGUACAUGUUUGUAUAGGGUGCCUCAUGCCCCGGGAUCCUAGUUCUUAUUUGAAGAGAAUACUUUUUUGUUCAGAUACAUUGGAAGUGGUCACGCCAUUUUACUUUGUUUUCUAAUGAUACCCAGACAGUGCAGGUUCCUGAUCCAUAAACCAGCCGAUUACAAAGUCUGGUUAAGGAUGGCGGAAGGUUAUCUUAAGUAACAUUUUCACAUCAUGCUUAUAGUCCUCUUGACUCAUACUGAACCAUAGCUUAUUAUUAUUUGCAUUGAGUAAAAUGCUAACUUGACAGUUCGUUGUUGUCAUGGUCCUGUGAUGUCACAAUCACUGGAGGUAAAAUCUUAACCAAUUUUGGGGGCAGGAAAAAUAGCAUGGCUGCCACAUUGAACAAGGCUCCUUACCUGGCCCUCGAGCCCUCACUUUAGAACGAUCCUAAACAAGUCACAGGAUGAAAUUGAGAUCAUCAGUAUUAAUAUCUAACCCUUCGUCUUCCUUUGUUUUUGUCUAAUGUGCACCGAAUCAAUGUCUUUAUUUCUGCCAUGUGAAACAUAUUUUGGUAUUUGAUAUACAUUAUACUGUAUAUCAUAAACACUUGAACAUGUUUUUUUUUUUCAGGAACCUGUAAAUCCUCUUUCUUGUGUGCAAGUUAGAGCUUUUAAUUUUACUAAAUUAGUUUUGGUAGUCACUACAUCAGGAUGAUUGGCAGAGACCCAUGUAGCAUCCUCAGAAUGGAAGCUUCUCGUGUAGAGUGUGUAUCUGCUCUAAUGUAUUAUACAAUACAGGUCAAGAAACGGUUCAUUCCAAUUUACUGUAAUGGCAAUUAAAGAACUUCAAAUUAAA